GGGUUACGCUGGCCCAGCCUGACCCGGGUGACAUCCCCGCGCCUUGCUGCGGGCUCCCCGGCCGAGGCUCUGAUUCCGGGAGGAGGCUGACUCCUCCUCGGCUGGAGGAACCUGUCGUUCCCGCCCGCCGUCCCCUCGCGCGUGAGGAACCAUCUCAGGCUGAGAAAUGGCGUUUCAAAAGGCAGUUAAAGGGACUGUUCUGGUUGGAGGAGGAGCUCUUGCCACAGUGUUAGGACUCUCGCAUUUUGCUCAUUACAGACGGAGACAAGUGAACCUGGCAUACGUCGAAGCAGCCGAGUGCUUGACUGAACCUGUCAACAGGGAGCCUCCGUCCAGAGAAGCUCAGCUACUGACUCUGCAGAACACUUCUGAAUUUGAUAUCCUUGUGAUUGGAGGAGGAGCGACGGGCAGCGGCUGCGCACUUGAUGCUGUCACCAGAGGACUAAAAACAGCCCUUGUUGAAAGAGAUGAUUUCUCAUCAGGGACCAGCAGCAGAAGCACUAAAUUGAUCCAUGGUGGUGUGAGAUAUCUUCAGAAGGCCAUCAUGAAGUUGGAUAUUGAGCAGUAUAGGAUGGUAAAAGAAGCCCUUCAUGAACGUGCCAACCUACUAGAAAUUGCUCCCCAUUUAUCAGCUCCGUUGCCUAUAAUGCUCCCAAUUUAUAAGUGGUGGCAGUUGCCUUACUACUGGGUAGGAAUCAAGCUCUAUGAUCUGGUGGCAGGAAGUAAUUGCUUGAAAAGCAGUUAUGUCCUCAGCAAAUCGAGAGCCCUUGAACAUUUCCCCAUGCUCCAGAAAGACAAACUAGUAGGAGCGAUUGUCUACUAUGACGGACAACACAACGAUGCGCGGAUGAACCUUGCCAUUGCCCUCACUGCUGCCAGGUAUGGGGCGGCCACAGCCAAUUACAUGGAGGUAGUGAGCUUGCUCAAGAAGACAGACCCCGAAACGGGCAAAGAGCGUGUGAGCGGCGCCCGGUGCAAGGAUGUGCUCACAGGGAAGGAAUUUGAUGUGAGAGCCAAAUGUGUUAUCAAUGCUACGGGACCUUUCACAGACUCUGUGCGCAAAAUGGAUGAUAAGAAUGCCGCGGCUAUCUGCCAGCCGAGUGCUGGUGUCCAUAUUGUGAUGCCUGGAUACUACAGCCCCGAGAGCAUGGGACUUCUUGAUCCAGCAACCAGUGAUGGGCGAGUUAUUUUCUUCUUACCCUGGCAAAAGAUGACCAUUGCUGGCACCACUGACACUCCAACUGAUAUCACGCCUCAUCCAAUUCCUUCAGAAGAAGACAUCAACUUCAUUCUGAAUGAAGUGCGUAACUACCUGAGCUGUGAUGUGGAAGUGAGAAGAGGAGACGUCUUGGCAGCAUGGAGUGGAAUCCGCCCCCUUGUUACUGAUCCCAAGUCUGCAGAUACUCAGUCCAUCUCUAGAAAUCAUGUUGUUGAUAUCAGUGAGAGUGGCCUGAUCACGAUAGCAGGAGGAAAGUGGACAACUUAUCGAUCUAUGGCUGAAGAUACCAUAAAUGCUGCUAUCAAGACUCACAAUCUGAAAGCAGGACCUAGUAGAACAGUCGGGCUUUUCCUUCAAGGGGGCAAAGAUUGGAGCCCUACGCUCUACAUCAGGCUUGUUCAGGAUUAUGGACUUGAAAGCGAGGUGGCACAGCACCUUGCCGCUACCUAUGGUGACAAGGCCUUUGAGGUGGCCAAAAUGGCAAGUGUGACUGGAAAGAGGUGGCCUGUUGUUGGAGUGCGUCUUGUGUCUGAAUUUCCAUAUAUUGAGGCAGAGGUGAAAUAUGGGAUUAAGGAAUAUGCCUGCACCGCCGUGGAUAUGAUUUCACGUCGCACUCGUCUGGCCUUUCUCAAUGUUCAGGCAGCAGAGGAAGCCCUACCCCGGAUUGUUGAACUGAUGGGAAGAGAACUGAAUUGGGAUGAUUAUAAGAAAGAGCAAGAACUAGAAACAGCCAGGAAGUUUCUUUAUUAUGAAAUGGGCUAUAAAUCCCGAUCAGAACAGUUAACAGAUCGCUCUGAAAUCAGCUUGCUGCCUUCGGACAUUGACAGGUACAAGAAGAGAUUUCAUAAGUUUGAUGCAGACCAGAAAGGAUUUAUUACCAUUGUUGAUGUUCAGCGUGUAUUAGAGAGUAUUAAUGUCCAAAUGGAUGAAAAUACACUCCAUGAAAUUCUGAAUGAAGUAGAUUUAAACAAAAAUGGACAAGUUGAACUCAAUGAAUUUCUGCAGCUGAUGAGCGCCAUUCAGAAGGGAAGGGUGUCUGGAAGCCGGCUUGCUAUCCUAAUGAAGACAGCUGAAGAAAACCUGGACAGAAGAGUCCUGAUUCCCGUGGACCGCAGUUGUGGAGGAUUGUGAGUCCGAGCAGUCAGCCCACAGGCCACAGACAUAGGAACAAUCCGAUGACCAUGUGACCACAGACAUGACUUAAACCACUCUAAAACAGUGGAUAUUGAGAGCUGCCUUUUUGGUUUUUUUCUAAACACUGGACAACAUUCCAAAACUGUAGGAUGUUGGUGUAUUUGCCAACUUUAUUUACCAAUACUUCCUUUGUAUUUGCCACUAGAGCUAACUUGCAAAAAGUAUACUUUCGCUCUUUUUUUUCCUCCUUCAUUGCACACUGGUUUCAUGUUUUUGCAUCCUUUUGGUAACCUGUUGGACUCGACAUACUCCCUUUUUGUUGACACACUUAUUCUUUUCAAAUUAAAAAAAAAAAUUCAAAGACAGAGAAAGAAAGAGCAACAGAGAGAUUGAUCUUUUCUCCACUGAAUCACUCCCCAGAUAGCCACCAAAGCCAGAGCUUGGUUGAUUUGAAGCUGAAAGCCAGGGACUUCUUCAACGUGUCCUGUGUGGGUGCAGGAGUCCACACACAUGGCCUAUCCUCCGCUGCUUUCUCAGGCCGUUGGCAGGAAGCUGGACUGGAAGUAGAGCAACCAUAUGGCAUGCUGGUGCUUCAGGCAAAAAAUUAGCUUAAUAGCCACAGUGCCAGCCCCAAGGACGCAUUUGUUCUAGAUCAGUUUUAGAGGCAGAAUAUUUUGGCUGAAAUUGGAAAUGGAAGAUCUGGAAAAUUAAGUUUGUGGCUAGCAUCUGUUCUUCAAGAGUGACCUAUUGAAACGAUAAUUUUCCUCGCUAUUUCUCAGCCUCUUUGUCCUCCAGCUCGUCUGCCUUCCUCAUCCAAACAAUAGUGCACAAUUUUGUAUCUAGAGUAUGACUGGCAAAAUUGGAGAGGGAAGAAAAGUUUAGAUCUGGUUGCAGGAGCAAGUCUCAAAGAGAAACUCUGAAAGCCUCGAGAGUCGCAGGUAUGAGAUAAGGAUAGCAUUGACAUUUGCUGUGAGUUGCAGCGCGAAUUUCAUCUCAGUGGUUCAUUUUUUCCCCCAGUUACUGCUGAUUUUCUGUGACUAUUACAGUUGCCAGGAAGAUCCUUGUUUUUCUCCUUUUAAAACCAGCAUUUCAGUGGCAAAUUUCAUGCAGUGGAAUGAGUGAAGUUUAUCCCAUUUCAAGUAGUGAUACAUUUAAGGGUUAAAUGUAUAUUUAAAUAUACAUGUACAGCAAUAUAAUUUUGCAGCCCCAACUCCUGAUACUUGGAAUAUGUAGUAUUUGUCAAAUUUGGCCUUAUCAUUUGGAAGCAGAGAAGGAUAUUUGCUAAUAAAAAUGGUAAAAAGAGCAUGGAAUAGACUUAUUUAACUGUGAUUAUAAUGAUAUAUAUAAGACACAAUGCUUCAAUAUCCCAGGUCAUUUUAUUUGACUAAAGCAUUUUCCUUUCUGUGCUCAGGGGAAAAUUUCUCAGUCAACCAUAUAUGAAAUUGACAAAAAAAUAAAAACUUGUGCACAUAAACACAUAAAAUAAAAGCAAAUCAGUGUGUGUUGAAUUUAAUAAGAAAUGCAUAGAAUUUUAAAUGCCAAUUUGGGAUGCUCUUGCUAUAUUUUGGUGGCAUUUAGCUAGUCAUUUUAAUAUUUAUUAAUUGUGCUUCUUAGGAAAUUAGCUACCUACUUCUUUGUUUAAGAUCAGGUUUUGUACGUGUUAGAAAAGUAACGCUUUAUUUCACAGCACGUUUUCAUUGUGCAGAUUUGAGGUUUUAAAUUUUUAAACUGGAGCAUAAAACACUUUUAUAUUGUCCUUUCUGUUUAUGUCAACAUUGUAACAUGUUUAUGCCUCACAUUAUAAUGUAAACAAGGAAACUUCACUCACCUGUGCCCCCAUCUAUCAACUCUGAAACCGCCCGCAUGGAAAGAUAGCAUCUGAACUCAAUUUAUUUUAAAAUGAUAUUGAGGUACUUGUGACAUCCUAAAGUAGAAUCUACAGCAGAGCAAGUGAGGGUCUUCCAGGUGCCACUGUGAACUUUUUCUUAUAAAGUGUGAUUUUUUUUUUUACUUUUUUUUUUAAGUAAAUGGAAGCACAUGGCUUUGAAAUUUAGUUUUCCUCUUAAGAUCCUAAAUUUGACCAUUGAGACCUCAAUGACACUAAACAGGUGGAAGAGCUGUCCUGUUAAAUGUCCAAACAAUGUGAUAUUAUACAUUUAUCCACUCUCUCUCUUUUCUCUUUUUCUAGUUAGAGCAAGAUAAUGAUGACUUGUAUCCUCCUCGAUUCUGAUACAGUAGGGACCGGGCUUGAAACAUGAGUGGCUUGGGCAGAUCUGUGUUUGUAAAACAGGCUUUGUUUGUGCACGCUUUGCUAUGACUGAAGUUCCUUUAAGGACAAAGAAAAGUGCACUUCUUUCAGGCAUAUCUGUAUCUGCUUUUGCUGAAAAUCUGCUCAUGCUGAAACAUACGCUCCUUCACCAAUCCCAGAGACUCCUUCUGGAAAUGAACUGGUUUCAAGCCAUUACUGGGAAUAAAGUGCCCCAACAUUGCUAUUUCAAUUCUUAACCUUUACAGCCUUUUAAACUGACUUAAGGAAAGAGGGAAAGAACCUGGAGAAUAAGCCCUUUCAGAACCAAUGCUAUGCACAGGAGUUUUUCUUGCGGUUGUAUUAGUGGAUUCUGUUGGGGGCAAGGGUGGGUGUGCAGGGGUGCCUUGUGACAUCAAGGGUUUGCUUUAAGAGCCUCUAUGAGGGAUUCAGGUGAAGGAACUCCCCAGUUUGCCUCUCCUUUGAACAGCCUGCACUGUAGUCCCGACAGCAGUGACAGUGCCAGAUUGGUUGUUAAGCCAAGGUUGUCUGCUUCCUAUUCAUCAUGCUGUUUGCACUAUUCUUGCUUUCAAUUAAUUUAUACUGAGUAUCACUUCAGGAUUUCUAUUGAGAAAUGCAUGCUCCCUUCCUAUUUUGCCUUAUUUUCUGACCUUGUUUGCUUUAUUUGAAAAUGUAUACAACCAACAUUUUAUUGUGACUUUUUACCAGAUAUACCAUGAAAGUCAUCAUUGGUUUAUUUCCCCUUUUAAUGCACUUGUAAACAUUUUGGGCAUAUGAAUGUAACUAUUGAAUUCUGUGAUGCUGUAAUUUGCACUGUUUUGCAUUGUGUCAGUUGUUAGUAAAAGAAAAAGCCCUACUAUUUUUUUUUUUUUAUCAAGUAUAACCCCACUACUAGGGAAUAUACACACUGCAUGUUUUCUUAUGUGGCACUUUUAUGUAUUAUGUUGGGUUGUUGUUCUAGAUUGGACUGUUAAAUACUAUGUUUGAGGUUGGCUUGUCAUUUUUAUAACUGUCUUGGUGUUUUAUCGCCAUUAUUUAUUACUUUUGAUAUACAGAAUGAGCUGCAUGCAUUUAUAGAGCAAUAAGAGGAUGUAUUUAAUGUGCCUUGUUUUUAACUGAAUAAGAACUGAAAGCAUGAAUCAAUAAAACUGAUUAAAAUGUU